GAGGUGCUGGAGUGCACCAUCGUCUUCCCCAACCCGCUCUCGGCCGCCUCCACCUCCGCCUCCAGUGAGAUGCUUGCAUGGGCCAGUGCCCAGAUUCACUGCCAGUUCCAUGCCAGCGAGAACCGGGUGGCACUGCCUCCCUCAGACGACAGCAAGCAUGAUGUGCAGGCCGAGAAUGAGACCGUCUUCGUCCCCAACAGAGGAGAGAGAGGCCAGUGCAUCCUGUCCACUCCCCCCAAGAUCCUCUUCUGUGACCUGCGGCUGGAUCCUGGAGAAUCAAAGUCCUACUCCUACUGCGAGGUGCUGCCGGUGGACGGGCCGCCUUCCUUCCGGGGGCAGUCAGUGAAGUACGCGUACAAGCUGACGGUCGGCUGCCAGCGCGUCAACUCCCCCAUCAAGCUGCUGCGUGUGCCCUUCCGGGUCCUGGUGCUGCACGGGCUCAAGGAUUACCAGUUCCCCCAGGAUGAAGCUGUCGCCCCCUCGAACCCCUUCUUGGAGGAGGAGGAGGGGAUGAAGAAGGACCCUCGGCUGGCAGACCUGGCCACAGAGCUGCUGAUGGCAGCCACCUCUCGGCGUAGCCUGCACCUGUAUAACAUCAGCAACACCCGUGGGAAGGUGGGGAAGUUCUGCAUCUUCAAGACAGUCUAUAAGAUCGGGGAAGACGUCAUCGGGACAUUCAACUUCUCGGAAGGGGACAUCCCCUGCCUGCAGUACUCGGUGAGUCUGCAGACAGAGGAGAGCAUCCAGGAGGAGUUCCAGCGCCGGCGCGGGCAGCCCGUCUCCUUCAGCACUCACGCCCGUCACCAGGAGUCCUGCCUGCACACGUCGCGCAGCAGCUUCAGCCUGCCCAUCCCGCUGGGCUCCACGCCAGGGUUCAUCACCAACAUCGUGUCUCUGAAGUGGAGGCUGCACUUUGAGUUUGUGACAUCGCGGGAGCCGGUGGAGACUCACCUGGUGCAUGAGAACCAGUCAGAGACGGUCACCUGGAGCGGCGUGGAGCAGAUCGACGUGGACACCUUCAGCUGGGACCUGCCCAUCAAGGUUCUGCCCACUAACCCUGUCCUGGCCUCCUAUGUGUCCCCCUUCUCCAGCACCAACUCCACCACCAUCUGAUGGGAGGCUUGGCCUGGGCCCUGCGCAUCCUCCCCCGUGUCCUGCAGGACUCUCAUUGCCCCUGUGCGAGGAGGGGAGGGACUAGCGCUGAUGUGCAGACUGCGUGCCGCCUCUGCGGCUUGUCCCCAGCAGCCGGCCCAUGCCUGGCUGGGCUUCCCUGAGCUGUGAGCUCUUGGGUUGGUGACCCAUCUCCUGCUCCUUUCACCCGCACGUGGGCUUUGCUGGAGAGAGCUGGGCGAAUCGGUGAGCUGCCCCGACCCCUCCCAACAUUGCGCCCCUGCCCCAGAGCAGGAAAAGGAAGAGAGCUGGGCUCUUUUAGCCACUGCCUGUCACCGGGCUUGUGCACUGGCUGCCUUGCCAGCCCCAUGCAGUCUGCUCUGAGCUGCGAGCUUGGCCUGCUCCAGGUCCAGGUCCAGGUCCACCCACUCUGCCUGUGACCUGCUGGGGGGCAGCGCCUUAGCCCUCGGCGCAGCACAGUGAUGGGCUUGUGCUCUCUAGGGCUGUGGCCCUGGCUAGGGAACAGCGGGCUCCCGUUUCCCACCAGGGCCAGGCCAGAGAAGCCUGUGCUGGACCUCGUAUCCCCUGGGCUGGAGGGCAGGUCCAGUCCCUCUGGGCUGCCCAAGGCCCUGGCACUGCCCACACAGAGCUGACACCAAGCAGGACCACAUGGGCCAGGCCCUUCCCAGCUCGGCCCCCGGCCCCUUCCCCCACAAGCCCUUCCCAAGUCUGUUUGUGUGUGAAUCAAUAAACAGCUGAGUGCCUGA